UUUUUUAAUUUGUUCAUUUCCCUAUAAUAACAUUAUUUCAGAUUCCCUUGCUAAAGAACUAGUAGAUGUUGGUAUUAUGAUAAAUGAAAAAAUGAUUGAAACAGGGGUUUGGAAUGGCACUUUUGAUACAUGCCGAAUAUUUAAUUGCGAUGAAACACCCCAGUUUAUUAAUUAUGGAAUUGAUGGUACCACUUCUGGAUUAUUUUAUGCUGGCAAAGGAGAUGCAUGUCAAAGAAUGUAUAGAGAAAACAGAGAAUGUGUCACAAUUCAACCAUUUGUUUCAUUUUCAGGCGACAUAUGUAUGUGUCAGGUAAUAUUUAAAUGUACUGGUAUUACUAGUUCUAUGGUUCCAACAGAAGCAGUAAAUAAAAUUCCCCAUUUGUUGGUCACAACUACAGAUAAUGGAGUAUCAACCCAUGAAUCUUUCUUGGCAGCAUUGAAAGAGUUUGAUGUCUACUUAAAUGAAAAAAAUGUUAAGCGACCCAUCGUCUUAUUAUCAGAUGGACAUAGCUCUAGACUAGACUUUGAUGUAUUAUCUUUUUUGGAGUCCAAAAGAAUUCAUCUUUUUCUUACUCCACCAGACACAACAGGAGUUACUCAACUUCUUGACCAAGUAAACAAGAACAUUCAUAGUGAGUAUCGUAAGCAAAAAGACUCUAUGUUUUCUGAUAUCUGUUCCUUAAACAAAGAAGCUUUUAUGUUAGUUUUAGCUAAUAUAUGGGACAAGUGGACAACCAAAGAAAUGCUUGUAAAAUCUGCUUAA